GACGCGGCAGAACGAGCAGCUCACUGUCUCUCCUUGAAGGGAUUCAAGAGACUUGGACGCGUCGAGCGAUGGUGGCCCCGUGAACGUUGGUUUCUCAUCCAUUGUAAGAUUUCGGAGGCCUCGUUUCCGUACCUUUACUACAAAAUCCCAUUUGUUGUGGCCUCUCCCAUUUUCCCGGCGCGGUUACACAGUCCAGCCAAGAACCAGAACCCCCCCCCCCCUUUUUCCUUCUUGCUCUGACCCCGAGAACCACCACAAUGCCCAAGAGCCAACCACAACAGCCGCAACGGCAGCACCAGCGGCAGCCCAACAAGGCCUCGCAGGCCCCCGGCGUGGGCCGGCUGGUGGGCGUGCUUGCGCUGCUGACGGCGCUGCUCUCGUCCGUCGUGUACCUGAUGGAGCAGAACCUGGACAAGUUCUACGUCUUCGAGCUAGACCACCUGCAUGAUCUGUCCAGGCGGGGCAUCGCGGCGCACGGCAACGAUACCAGGGCCGUGGUCAAGUACAUUGUCGACGAGCUCGCCGAAAAGGUGCCCGCGCACGUCAACCUCGAGGAGGAGUGGGUGUUUAACAACGCGGGGGGCGCCAUGGGCGCCAUGUACAUUAUCCAUGCCAGCAUCACAGAGUAUCUCAUCAUCUUCGGCACCGCCGUCGGUACAGAGGGCCACACGGGCCGGCACACGGCCGACGACUAUUUCCACAUCCUCUCGGGCACGCAGAUGGCCUACGUGCCGGGCGAGUACGCGCCCGAGGUGUACCCGCAGGGCAGCAUGCACCACCUACGCCGCGGCGUGGUGAAGCAGUACAAGAUGCCCGAGGGCUGCUUCGCGCUCGAGUACGCCCGCGGCUGGAUCCCACCCAUGCUCUUCUUCGGCUUCGCCGACGGCCUGUCCAGCACGCUCGACGUGCAGACGCUGUGGAGGACGACGCGCAUCACCGGUCGCGAGAUGAUUUCCAACCUGCUCAAGGGGAAGCUGUAGAAGCAGCCAGCAACGACGACGAUGACGAUGACGAAAAGUGUUGAGUUUGGUUAGUAAGUAGGCACUGACUGCCUGCCAGCCAGAAGAGCCUCUUGCUAUGUACUAUCUAGUACUGCGCUUUUGCAGGUCGGCGCCGGCCGACUUGGCACAUGUGCGCGGAUGUAUGCGUGUCCUGCCAGGGGCGGCGGCCUCAGAAAGGGGGGGCCAUAGAGUUUUUGGGGACCCUGAGUUGCCAAGGGGCCCGCGCUUCCUGAAGGAUCUUGGAUCAGCCUGACGGUGUACAAUCACGAGCCAAAACAGGAGGCGUGUGUAACCAUAGUGUGUUAAUGCGGAUGGGGACAACAUGGUUCGAUGAGAGCAAAAGGACCCUGCCUCCCGAAGCUUUCCCAGAGGGCAAGGAGAGCACCAUUGGUGUCAUUCUUUUUGGGAGACACUGCAUGA